AUGUGGUCACCCCCGGAAGUCCCAGAGGGUCACAUCUUACUGGAAUACGGACUCUGGUACAGCGCUUCCAGCACGCCACUCGAAGCGGACAGUAAGGAGGCUCGGGAGCAAGCAAUGUCGUCUUCUCCUGCGCCUACAGCCCCCUCGGGUGAACAGAUGCGAACAAUCAAAGCGGAUGCAACACAGUUUGUGCUGAGAGAUCUAAAACCCGGCAUGCCAUAUCACCUGAGGUUGGCUGGUCGCACGGUGAAUGGCUACGGAGCAUUCGCCUCGGUGGAGGUGCGCACUCAAGAACACCGUAAGUACUCGGGUUGUUUUCGUUUGAAUCCCUCCAACAUGUCCCAUGUACAACUAGUGACAAACAUCAAGUACUUUGUUUGUGUCAGUGUAUGA